AUGACGACUAUGAUGACGACGACGACAUCCACGGCAGCCGCCGCCGAAGCUUCAGCGGCAGCAUCGGCGAUGAACCUUGUCGACGCCGCCUCCUGUGGCCAGGACCACCAUCGACACCGUCACCAUAACCACCAUCAACACCGCCGCAACGCAUCCACUUCCGCCUCCGCCUCCACUUCCAGUACCUUCCGCAAGCUCGUCGGUCGCCUGCGCAGCAACAGCACCAAGCCCACCGACCACUCCCAGCUCCCAACACCGAGCUCGUCCGCGUCCCCCUCACCUCCGGCACCCUCGACACGCAGGAACUCGGCCUCGCCCCUUCCGCCUUUCCACUCCGGCAGUGGCCGCCGCAGGAGCAAGGCCGGAGCCGUCGUGCCUGCCAGGGAUGCGCCCAUCUCCCUCUCGCUCUGGGACGCGGCCUACCGCGGCCUUCGUGAUGAUCCCUCCUGCACCGGCCUCGUCCUCACCUACGAGGCCAUCAUCUCCCAGGAGCUCCCCGACAGCCUCAGCCUCGGCGGUCUCGGCUCACCCUUUGGCGCCAAGUCGCCCGAAGAGCGCCUUGACCUGCUUGCGAGGAUCGCCGCCGCCGGCCUGCACCGAAGGAGGGGUUCGCGGCCCAGCCCACAGCAACCCGGCCAGGACGACGAGGCCCGGAGGAUGCUCGAGGCUACGAGGGGGACCGUCGAGGGAAUCCUGCCGCGGUACCCCUCUGCCGCCGUCGCCUGGGCCGGCCUCUGCACCUUGACGCCUCUUCUCGCCGACCCCAUCUUUCAGAGCCCUGACAUGCGACUCGGUAUCCUCCACAUCGCCGGCCGCAUCCCUUGGUACAUGUGCCUAGCCCAGCUGCUGCUCGUUCCCGCCCCGCCAGACUAUCAAGAGUCCACGCGCGCCAUCCUCGUCCGCCUGUACCGCAAGGUGCUCGAACUUGAGAUGAACUGCGUCUGCGCCACCGCUGGCGCUUGGAACUCGGCCGCGAAAAACGUAGUCGGCUGGACCUCGCUAGGCACCCUGGUCGCCGAGAUUGUCGAGCUCGACCGCCGCGUACGCGCCCUUGUGGAGAAGGAGGGCGAGGUUGGCGUGAGGGAGAUGUUGCUCGCCAUGGACGUUGACCUUGACUUAGAACCCGUAGAAGACUCUGCUACGCCGAGUGUGGAGGAGACGACUUUACUCCAGCCACGGCUGGCUGACUGA